AGCGCCACGGAGGAGCUGAGCCUGCAGACCUGCCAUCUGAUUGGCUGCCCAGCUCGUGGCUGGGCUAUAAAAGAGACCCCUACAGGCUCCGGAGCCAGAGGCUCAGAAGAUUCUGACCGCAUCUUUGCUCAACAGAAGCAACUGUGCUCAAAAUAGAAACCAGAACUCUUCCCGCUGCCUUUCUCUCCUCGCUGAGAAUCCCACAGCUAAACACGAUGUGCAAAGGACUUGCAGGUCUGCCGGCUUCCUGCCUGAGGAGCGCAAAGGACAUGAAACAUCGGCUGGGCUUCCUUCUGCAGAAGUCUGACUCCUGUGAGCACAGCUCUUCACACAGCAAGAAGGACAAAGUAGUCACUUGCCAGAGGGUGAGCCAAGAAGAAGUCAAGAGAUGGGCUGAAUCACUGGAAAACCUGAUUAGCCAUGAAUGUGGGCUGGCAGCUUUCAAAGCUUUCUUGAAGUCAGAAUACAGUGAGGAGAAUAUUGACUUCUGGAUCAGCUGUGAGGAGUACAAGAAAAUCAAGUCACCUUCCAAACUAAGCCCCAAGGCCAAGAAGAUCUACAAUGAGUUCAUCUCAGUGCAAGCAACGAAAGAGGUGAACCUGGAUUCUUGCACCAGGGAGGAGACGAGCCGGAACAUGUUAGAACCCACGAUAACCUGUUUUGACGAAGCCCAGAAGAAGAUUUUCAACCUGAUGGAAAAGGAUUCAUACCGCCGCUUCCUUAAGUCUCGAUUCUAUCUCGAUUUGGUCAGUCCUUCCAACUGUGGGGCAGAGAAGCAGAAAGCAGCCAAGAGUUCAGCAGACUGUGCCUCUGUAUUCCCUCAGUGUGCCUAAUUCUCACGCAGAGGCAGAGAUCAGAAAUGCCAAGACUCUAUGCCCUGGAAAAUCUGAGGCCAAAUAUUGAUCUGUAUUAAGCAAUGCUUUACCCACAUUGUAGCCUAGUGUCCAUGCUGCCUGCUGUGUGCGAGUCACUUCCAUGUAAAACUAGACUUAAUUGUGGUAUUGGGGUUUUCAUUGGGGUAUGACCCAAUUCAUUUCAAAUUCUCCCAAGUUUCCUUAAGGGUGUCUUGUGAGCAAGUCUCCAAAUAAUGGCCCUGUAGGUCUGGAUGUUCAAAGGUUGCUGGCUGUCCUCCCGCUCCAGCAGUUUGACCUCAAGUUAGUUGGUUGGUCCUACUUCAUGUGACAUCAUAUACACAUGCAAUGUCAGCCAGCAGCACUUCCUACAGACUCUCAAGUUUAGGUGAGACUGAUGUGUAUAUGUGUAUAUUAAAUAUACAUAAUAUAUGCAUAUACAUUUU